AUGGCUGAAGAUGACAAAGGGUAUGGACCUUGGAGCAGGGUUCCUGGAUGGGACGGAUCCCCAUUGAGCUGGCUGCGAUUCAAGCGGGAUGUCACAUGGUGGUUGAGCAGUUUGGAUCUUUCGAAGACAACUGGCUACAACCUUGCCGCUCAUUUUCUCCUUAGACAAGAAGGUGUGGCACGACAGCGCGGCGAAGAAUUUAGUCCGGAUGAGCUGGCAUUUGUUCCUCCCCCGAAGAUAGUCGACCCCUUGACUGGUGAGCAAUUGGAUGAUCCCGAUGCCGUGCCCGACUAUUUGGUUGGAGUGAACAAAUUGUUGAAAGCUUGGGAAGAAAUGACUGGCCGCACUGCCUUGGAUAAACGAGGUGAACUUCGUCAGGCCUUCUACAUGGACCUUAGCAGAAAAGCUGGCGAGCGAGUGAGUGAGUUUGGCACUCGCUAUCGCUCAUUGGUGGCUGAUCUCAAAGGAGAAGGAGUCAUUGUGGGCGAUGCCGAGCUCGGUGGGUGGCUCAGACAGAAGAUCGGCUUGGAUCCUUUGCGAAAACAGCUGCUGGAAACUGCCUUGCAAGGCAGUGAGGACUACUCGGUAAUUGAGGCCGAGAUUUUGCGCCUUUUCAGAGAUCUGCAUGACAAUGAUCCAUUGUAUCGGCGACCUGAGAAUCGACCGCCUUUGACGAUUCGCAGGAUGUUUGGUGGCAGAUCUGCAUCAGCUACAUCGUCGGCUCCAUCGACGCUUUCAAGAAUGACUUCAGCGUCCUCUUGGCAGAGACCUUCUUCGAUGAAAUCUGGCACUUCAACGCGUCAGGUCAACAUCACUGAGAAUCCUGACGAAGAAGCAGCCGUGGAGGAGGAGUUGCAUGAUGAAGCUGAGGGGCAAGAUGGUCCUUCCUCUUCACUGGAGGAAAUCCUGCAGACUGAGGCCGAGGUGCUUGCGGCUGAAUUGCAUGAAGCUGAACUAGAAGGUGUCGAUCCCUCAGUGCUUGAUUCCUUGGAGAGCGGCAUCGAGCAAGCUGCUGAGACCCUGGUGACAAUGAGGGAGGCUCGACAUCAGCUGCAGUCGGUUCGCAAGGACCGUGGAUAUGGCAAGUCUGAUGGAUCGACUUUCAAGCAUAGCGGCAGCUCUCAAGUGGCCAAUCGAAAAGCUUCUGGAAAAUUCCCCUGCUAUGACUGUGGCGAGAACGGCCACUGGGCCGGUGAUGCUGCUUGUAAGAAACCUGGUCAAGGACUUGGAAAGAAGAAGAAUGAUGGUCGCAGGCCUUUGCGACAGGUUCGAGUUGCAGAACAUGAAAGCUGUGCGUCUUCUCAUGCCUCGCCUGGAGGCCAUGCAGCUGAUGUGGUGGAGCAUGCGCUGCCAUCGCAUGACGUUUUGGUUGCAGAGGUGCUGCUGAGUGGAAAAUUUGCGAUGUCCGAGCCGGUUUGUGGUUCAGUUGAGUCUGAGAAUUUUAGGUUUGGUAACAACGGUGUGGUUUCCUUAUUGCAAAGAUUGCGACUUCCUGCACUCAUUGGUGAAACCUUGGUUCUCAUUUGGGUAUCUACGAUUCCAGUCAGUACUUUGGACUUUUGCAAGCGCACUAUCCAGUGCUCCCACAUUGCUUCUGGCAUUCUGCAACUGUAUCAGAUGGUGGCAGGUCACUUCAGACUGGAGCUGCUGCCGAAGCUGCCCGAGCAAUGGGAUGUUUGGAUUUUGCCGAAGGAAGCCAAUCAUGGACCAAUACAGAUGGACAACGGGGAUGUCGUCGAUCAAGCAGCUCGACAGAUGGGCAUCACCAGAAACCAAGCCAUCGAGCUGAAUGCGAUCCGCCUGCGAGACCUGGCAGAAGGAGGUGAAAGCUUGACCUUCAAAACCGGCUGGAACUUUCUUUUGGAAGAAUACCGCACUCAAGCGUUGAAACUGGUGCGACAACUUCGCCCUUAUGUCCUGGUCAUUGCAUUCCCCUGUGGUCCUUGGACCUCUAUCAAGAUUCUCAAUAGUCGACGAUAUGACGGGCAAGAUCAGCAUGUUCCAGUGAUUGGAGGCAGCAAGGAGAAAGAUUUCACCAUCAACCCUGCCGUCAAAGAGACACUCUGCAGCCGGCAUGAGAACACAGGCCAUCCAGGUCGGCGUCGACCUGCCCGUGCUCUUUUGAUUUGUGGAGCCCCCAAAGAGGCCAUUCUUGCAGCCAACAGAUUGCAAUGCUCAGUUUGUGCUGAACAACGUGAACCCAAGCCAGGAAGACCGGCUUCCUUUUGUCAGACCCGGCAGCUUGGUGCCAAAGAUAACAUUGAUUUGCUCUUGUUGGAACAUUCCUUCCGCCAGAACUUUGUGGUUGUUUUCGUGACCGACAGCAUCAGCGAGCGCCUGGAGAAGCGUUUGCAAGAGCAUAAGGAUGGGCGGGGCACGUUGGAUAUUUGUUGGACUGUGACAUACUAUGACUAUGAACUCCAACUGAUGAUCAUUGAACUAAGAUUAUGA